CCCCUCCCCGUCGCCGUGACGCCGUCGACGUCGACGACUUGGUCUCUCCCUUUCGGUUCCCCUCCCACGUCACCUCACGGCCGCCACUCCUCUCUGCUUCUCCUCUCCGUCUCCUACAAGUAGCCUAGCUGCGGGGCUCCCGGAUCGCCGGCGACCGUUGAGAGUGACGGGGCGCAGCGGACGACGAGCGCAGCGGCCAUGGCGACGAGUUCCAAACCCGCCGCGGCUGUGGACCCCGAGGUCGCGCUCGCCCACAAGUUCCCCGAGGUCUCCUUCGACUACGACGAGAGGGAUGUUGCGCUGUACGCGCUCGGGGUCGGGGCCUGCGGCGAUGACGCCGUCGACGACAAGGAGCUCCACUUCGUGUACCACAGGGACGGGCAGCCACACAUUAAGGUUCUUCCUACUUUUGUUUCUUUAUUUCCCAACAAGAACAGCAAUGGGCUUGGAUUUUUUGAUGUGCCUGGCCUUAACAUCGAUGCAAGGCUUCUAUUGCACGGUCAACAAUACAUAGAGAUCUACAGGCCAAUUCCUUCUCAUGCCAGUGUUGUAAACAAGGUUAAAGUAGCUGGUUUGCACGAUAAAGGGAAAGCAACUAUUCUUGAGAUCGAAACCACCACAAGUCUCAGAGAGUCUGGGGAAAUUUUAUGCAUGAACAGGAGUACUAUCUACUUGCGUGGUGCUGGAGGGUUUUCAGACUCUUCACGACCAUAUACUUAUGCUACUUAUCCUGCUAAUCAAGUUCAUCGCAUAUCUAUUCCAAAUUCGGCACCUUCUGCUGUAUAUGACGAUCAAACAAAGCAAUCCCAGGCAUUAUUAUACAGGUUAUCUGGGGAUUACAAUCCUUUGCAUUCUGAUCCUGAUAUUGCACAGGUUGCAGGGUUCACUCGCCCAAUCCUGCACGGCCUCUGCACCCUAGGAUUCGCUGCCCGCGCUGUCAUCAAAUCUUUCUGCAACGGUGAGCCAGCGGCGGUGAAGAGCAUCUUCGGCAGGUUCCUUCUUCACGUCUACCCCGGGGAAACGUUGUCCACCGAAAUGUGGCUGGACGGCCAGAAGGUGCACUACCAAACGAAGGUCAAGGAGCGGAAUCGUGCCGUGCUCUCUGGAUAUGUGUUGCUCCAACACAUCCCCUCAUCAUUGUAAGUGCUGUAUCAUAUUCGUUCGUGACAGAUUUUAUUUAUUAAUUGGUGCCCACUGAAUGCAAUAGUAGUGAUGAGUUGAGAGCUACUGCACGAGGUGGGUUGCCACUGUAAUGAUACUAGCAAAGAAUGCUGUACGGAUCGGCACAUAAUACAUUCGUACUGUACUGAUAAGAUACCCCUUAUAAAGACCCAAAUCCAAAAACAUAUUGAUUUUGCUGUGUCCA